GAGGAAAAAGAAAAAAACUCGUUCCCUUCGCCCACAUCCCGGUCAACCCCCACCUCCCACCCCCGAUCCCCAAUCCCACAGCCGCCAUGGCCCUCGCCGCCGGCACGCGUCCCGCCACCAACACCACCCAGAGUCGCCGCAGCCUCCACCGUCGGUGCGCCCGCAGCGACCACCACCUCCCACCUUUCAAAGCUGGCAUGGCCCCCGCCGCAAGCGCGCACCCCGCCACCACCACCUUCCGCAGCCGCCAUGGCUCCCGCCGGCGGCGCGCGCCCCACCACCUCCCACUUCCCACGGCCGUCGUGGUCCAUGCCCCAGCCGCUCCUGCCCCAACGAGUCCCGUCGGACGCAGUGACCGUUCUCCCCGCACCCCAGCAGCGCCGCCGGGCUCAAACGCAUUCCCUGAACUGCCACGCGCCGCCCGUGUUCCUGCUCCUUCCCCUGACCACCGCCGGGGUCCUUCCCGGGCGAACCCCUUCUCUUCCUUCCGCGAGCAGCAGCGACCCUGCUUCUCAGUCUAGAUCGAGCGCUGCCCGCCGUCCAAGUCGAAUCCCUGCCGUAAUAUUCGGCAAAACAGCCAUCCUCCCCGUUCUGAAUUGCCACUAGCCUCCGCCAUGUUCGCCUAGCUCCAUGGCCAUCUCGUGUUGCCGCGUGCAUCAGUACGUGUGUGCUGCCGCAUGACACUCUUUGUUUCAAGCCCUGUGUGUGCUGCUGCAUCAGCUCGUGCAUCAGUACGCGUGCGUUAGUACGUGUGUGCUGCCCCAUCAGUACGGAAACCCUGCCUCGGAAGAGCCCAUGCGGGAACCGUGGCCUCCACCGCGUGUGGUCGUCUCCGUCCUCGUUAUCUUUUGUACAGUGUGCUGUCGACCCCUUCAUUUCAAGCCCGUUUCUCGCUCAUCACAUACUGCUUGAACUGAGGAGCUUGAACUACGUGAGUUGCUGGCCAUUUUGUGUUACUUGGACGGCCGCCCUUGCAUCAUCAAUAUCUUGAUUUACUGGGAAAGGCAUGUCAGGUGGGGUAGUUGGAAGGGAGGGGAAGCUCGCUGCCUUGCCGUGGUUCCAGCGGGAGAUGGGCGGGUUGGCGUUACAGACUAUAGAGGCCCUGGUCCCGUACAUCCAGGACAUUAGAGAUCCCACAAACAAAAUCAUGUCGCAAUGGGAGAAAGAGAUCAGUCCAACCACCGGCACCGCUCGUGAUCUCCGCCUCCAUCAGCUCCACUUCGCUGGAGCAAUCAGUCCAGAGGAGGAGGUUUGCUGCCAUUACCUCGGUGCAAAAAGUUCCAAAAGUUCAGUUCAGACUAUACUAGAUGUCCAUAUUGUAGAUAAUAUUUGCAUCGUCUUAAAUUUCUGGAAACAAGCGUCAGUACAAAGAAGGUUCAGUACAAGAAAAACGGGUGGUUCAACGUGUCGAGCGGUAGCAGCGCUUGCUCCCAAAUGGUUGCCCGCGCAAGGAGGAUACAGGGAUGUUACAUUGCUGGAGGAGCAGUAGCAUGUAGUAGCUAGCUGAAGAAAAGCCAGCGGCCUGCUCUGGCCAUGCCGCACCACCACUGGCACGUCCACCAUGGUUGCUGGCAGCCGUCCAAGUUGAGCGCUGAUGGGAGUCCUUAGCGUGCUUCGACGACACUCUCUCAUAUCAAUCUCUCUGUUUCUUUGCUCCUGCUAUUAAAAUGUGUAGAUGUGCUGCUUUGCUAAUUGAGUAGUUGGGAAGAUGUGAAAAUAACAUGCUCUCUAGGUGUGUGAUUAUUCCUGUGAGCACAAAUGUAUUUAGAUGUUUAUUUUGUGCUUCAGCUUAUGCUUUUGGGCAGUACAAAUACAUCUUCAAAAAUAAGUACAGAUGCGGUCUUAUAGAACUCUAAUUGUUGUUGGAUGCUAUUCCAAAUGCCAAUGAUCAUGCAAAACGGUUAUUGCUAGAAUCUAGAUGAUAUAUAAUGUAGUUACCAUAGUUUCACCCUAUUUUUAUGGUUCUAAUUAUUCUUGCAUAAGUCUUUAAAAGAAAUGUUCGGUAAAUGUUUGUGAUCAUUGCUUGUAGGUAUUCGUAUGAACAUUAAAAUAAUGGCUUUUCUUGUAGGAGGUUCAAAGAUUGUCGUGGAGCAAGUUCAAGAGAUUAGUUUGGUGAAAAUAAUGUGAUCUUUUGGUCAGGAUUUUGCAUGAUCCAUAGCCAUCAGGCGAGCAGUUCAAGGCCUACUACGCGAGUCGUCCAUCGUCUUCUACGCAUGAUGAGCUUGUUGUCUCUACACAUCUAGCAUCGGAGUAUCUCCUCCCCUUGCCGCACACACAUGCCCGCGGUCGAGCUAUUGUUGUUUGUGAUUGCUGGUCGUGACUCUUACGUUGUCAUUGGACAAAUAAUUUGUUCUGUAACUCUGUACUGAUGGGACCUUCAGCAUAUAUGGUGUUUAGAAUUUGUUUGUAACUCUGUACUGCCAGGACCUUCAGCAUAUAUGGUGAUCUCAGUAUUCUAAUCUGUAGGCCAAAAAUGGUGAACAUUUAAACAUCAGUUCGAUUUAAUAAAACUGAGAAGUUCUACUUUUGGUAAAUA